AUGGGUGUAGAGGAGGAAAACAUCCUCAACAGCGGUCCUCCCUCCAACUUAGAGGAGGGCCUGAAGAGUCUUCAGAUUACGAGUGAAGCUGGCAAAACCGAGACAAACACCGAUGCUGCCUCGACCAUCGCUGCAGACGGCUCUCAAAUUGAUGAUGUGCCACGAGCCGAAGCCACCGAGGCCGUCACGGACAGUGACCGUGUAGCUGCGACAGGGAACCUCAAGAUUCGCUCCAAGCGUACCGAGAGGCUCAAACGGAAGAUGUUAAAGAAGACGACUAAGAAGGCCGGAUCCCAAACCCAUCUAUUCCAUUUGCCCAACGAAGUUCUGAACAACAUCAUGAGCUUUCUCCUACCAAGCGACCUCUUCAGACUAUCCCGAAGUUGCCGCGAACUCCACCAUUUCAUCCAGCACAAUGAGGCCUUUUUAUCUCGUGAGAUCAUAGCCGCACGGUAUCCUAUUCUUGAGAAAUGUUUCCGUUUGCCGGUUCCUCUCGACGAGGUCAAUCCUGAGGUCCAUAGCCGCCUCCAGCACCCCAGGAGGGUGGAGGCACUCGCCAUCCACCGCCGCUACCAACACAUCCCAGUCGCUGACUACCAUCAUAUUUGCACAUGCCUUACUUGUGUCAUUAGAUGGAACGCACUCUGUAACGUCGUCGACUUUUCUUACUGGCAGACCAACCUUGACAAGGGCGACCCGAUUCCGAUGAUGCCCCGAGGGGAGAAGACACCAGAGUGGAACCAGCAUCUAAUCGCCCAAACCAACGAGAUUGUUUCCAGGGCUCUCGGCUCCCCUCUGCUGCAUGCCUGCAUCUUGGAGAGCCAUCUCAAGAACACAACAGCAGCGAUAAAGAGACAGAGCGAAAACAAGGGAAACAAGCGCCGCCGAUUCCAGAUGACGCAGACGGACAUUAACUCUCAAACUGACGAGUUCCUUGGUAGAGAAGGUCCUGUCACCACGGACCUACCGUUCCACCGCGACAACUACUACAUGCUCGAGGCUAUGCUCCCAAGUCGUACGUGGCUGAAGGACGAACAACGCUGGGUGUAUAUACCAGCCGAGAUGCACGAAAGAGAUCUCGAGUGGGUUGCAACCCGGUGGCAGGUUCCAGUGUGA